AGGCGGAGAAAAGUGCGGAAGGGCACGCAUAGCUGCUGGGAAUGCCGCCGACGCAAGAUCCGAUGCCAGUUCGGCCCCGGAAACGAUGCAGUCUGUUUACCCUGUCAGGGGCGCGGGAGCUCCUGUCGCAGCCAGGAGUUCGUCGACGAAUCGCGCCCACAGCAGCAGCCUGACCGGAGAAUGGCCCAGCGACUCGGCCGUCUCGAAGACCUCAUGUCCAAACUAGUCGAUCGCAUCCUCCCCGAGUCCAUCUCGUCUUCCCGGUCUCGGGACGUCUCCCCUGCAUCUUCCGACGACACGGUGGAUGACGGCACCAGCACUCGGUACCAGCAGGCUCUCGAUGUCCUCGAGGCAUCUGUUGUCACGGGUGCCGAAACCCCUUCCUUGCCGACGCCCGAGUCGGACCAUUCCGCUCCCCGAAAAGGCUCUGUGCCGAGACACGAGAAGGCCUGCCGGGCGCUGUAUGCUCUUUUCCUCUCAGAACACGAUAUCACCCUGGUUGCCGAGGCUAGCGCCGCCCCAUAUUUUCUCACCUCACUCUUCAACCCUUUCCGCAACCUCCUCGAGGGCAGAUUUGAACACAUUAACAACAUGAAUAAUCUACCCGCCCUCACGAACCACCCUACAGUUCUCGCUAAACGGUUGCUGCAAAUUGCCAUUUCCAUCCAGCAGAUGCCAACCAACUUCGACGUGCGCAGACUUCAGACAAAACGGAGCCUACCUGACCUCACCUCGGACAUCAUUUCCACCGUGUCCCAGCUCGUCACCUCCAACGACGAGCUUGUUGGGACCGCAGAGGGCCUCCAGUGUAUUAUCCUGCAAGGCGUCUGGCACGCCAAUGCCGGCAACCUGCGUAAAGCAUGGCUCAGCUACCGCAGAGCAAUGAGCUUGGGUCAGCUGAUGGGCAUCGACCACGGCUCCUCACUUGCCCUAAAGUUCGUCGACGCGACUGUUUCGCCGGAACGCCGAACGACGCCUCAAGCCCUGUGGUACCGCAUCAACUUCUUUGACCGGUCUACGUCGCUUCUACUCGGCCUUCCGGCAGGUAGCCGCGAUGACAGCUUCGCUACGGAAGAGGCCAUGAGGCGCGAUACGGAUAUGGAGAGAUUAGAAAAGCUACAGACAGUGAUUGGCGGGCGGUUGAUUGAGCGCAACGCUGACAAGUCAGGCCAGCAUUUCGCCAUGACCCUGUCCAUCCACCGCGAUCUCGAGGAAGCCGCAAGGUCGAUGGACCCCGAAUGGUGGGCCGAGCCUGAAAUCGACCCGUCACAGGGGAACGAAUCAAACCUCGGCACAAUGUUUCACAUGAUGCUGCAGGUCCACCAUUUUGAUCUCAUGAUCCUCCUACACCUGCCAUUUAUGCUGCAAAGCUCGCCUGAGGUGCCCGAUGACAAUCAAAGCAAGGCCACCUGCGUACGGGCGAGCAGGGAAGUGCUCAAACGCUUCGUGUCCUUUCGAGGGCUCUAUAGCUCGCCAUGGGCCUGUCGCCAUAUCGACUACUCGGCCCUGGUCGCCGCCAUGACACUGUUGCUCAGCUACCUACGCCAGCAUCAAGCAAUCUCCGAGCCCUUCCCUACCUGCGCCGAGCGAGCUGACGAUAGGAGACUCGUUGAGGUAGUCCGCGAGCGCAUGUUGCAUGUUGCCCUUGUCAAUCACGAUAAGCUCUCCAAGGAGUCUGCCGAGAUCUUGAGCCGCAUGAUGCCUAUCCUCGACUCAAUUGAUGAGUCCAUGAUUGGGUUCCAGGCUGAAGGCACCGUCAACGCCUUGAAGUUCCUAAACUUGAACGUCCCUCACCUCGGCACCGUCAAUAUUCAGACGAACAAUCCAAACCUCGCAGGGAGAUCAUCCUUUGCGACGUUAGAUCCAGAUCCCCCGCAGGGCAACGGCAGUUCGGCCGGGCCUAGAUUCCAUGAUGCGGGCGAUACCCACCAGCUGCAGCUUUCAAUGGAAAGCAUGUCAGGAAUCGGCGAUGCCGCACCCUCCAGCGACGCGUUCCAUAUUAGUGACGCUAAUAUGCUCGAGUUUCCUCUGACGGCCGAGGCCGAUGACUGGGUCUUGCAAGGUAUCGACACGACAUACUGGUCGCUAGUAAAC